AUGAUUCAUUUGCUCAGAUGGACUGUUUUCCUGUGGAUCGUAAAAACCAUUCCUUUUACUUUAGGAAUGGCAGUGAAUGAGAGACUAGAUCAUUCAUGUCCACCCUUAAAGCUGGAGGAAAAAUGGCAUACCAGCAUCAGCAUUCACCAAGAACAAACAGGAUUUGAUUUAGCUGAGAAAUUCCUUUUGCAAAAAGGCCCGGUGACGGACGACAGGCCGUUGUUUAGACUGGGAGGUAAACCCCUCUUCAGACCCACCGAAUCUGUGUUCCCAAAAGGACUUUCACAUGAAUACUCAAUUAUAUCUACGUUCCGGCUCAGAAAAACCACAAAGAAAGAUCGCUGGUUUCUUCUGCAGAUCUUUGAUAAAGGUGGAGAUACACAGGUGUCAUUAAUAGUGGAUGGGGCUAAAAAAACAGUGGAGUUUUUAGCUCAGGGUUUUCUGAAGAACAGCCUCCUGUAUGUGUUCAAAAACCGAGACCUGCACGCCCUGUUCGAUCGACAGUUUCACAAGCUCAGUGUAUCCGUCGAAAGCAAUGCUGUUUCCGUCUUCGUGGACUGUAAAUUGAUAGAGCGUCAGGUGACUGCUGAGAGGGGUGCCAUGAUCCUCACUGGACGCACCUUCAUCACCACUCGUGUGGAGGAUGGACGUCCAGUUGAUAUCGAGCUUCAAGAGAUUCUGAUCUUUUGUGAUGCUAGGAUAGCCGAGAUGGACAGAUGCUGCGAUUCUCCUGGAGUUACGUGUGAACCCCUGGAAACCCACAAACCCACAGCGGCCCCAUUGGUCACAGGAUACUUCCACAGAAUUCUGUCCAUGCCAGUCUAUCAGCCCACAGAUCGAUGCCACUGUCCCCCUCUGAAGGAGGAUGAAGGGCUUCCUGGUCUGGUAGGACAUGCUGGACAAAAAGGAGAUAAAGGAGAUAUAGGGGAUACGGGGUUGAAAGGGGAUCCUGGACCUCAAGGCCCACCUGGUGCCAAAGGUGAUAAAGGGGAACCUGGCCCGCCAGGUCUAGAAAAUCUUGCGGUUGAAAAGCAAGGUCAAAAAGGGGACCAGGUAAAAACACAAAUUUCAUAAUUUUUUUUUAGACUUACAGUUCUAAAGAUUAACACAGUAUAUAAUAGACUGUUUUGUCUGCAUUAACUCUUGUUCUGGGAG